AUGUGUUACGUCAAUGAGGACAACAUUCCUACGUUGUCAGCAAGUGUCAGCACUGUAGCAGUAACACUAGGCGCCAAAACGCCUCUUCCAUUAUGUAUAUUUCUUACAAUUAGGGAUCCAGAAUUCGAUUGUUACACCGGUAGUAAUGUACCUUACGGAUAUCAAGUUCAAAUCAAAUCGUUGACCUGCGACGAGGAUACCAACAAUGUUGUACUAUAUGUUACAAUACGUGAAGUUUCUCCCUUUUCGUCUCAACAUACUCGUGUUGUGGAAUCAAUGUUGCUUUCUUUCCGAGCCUCGAUACCACUGACAUGGAGAGUUGAAUCCUUGCUCGUACAUAUACAACAUCAGCCACCGUUUGGAUUGGGCAAGCAGGGACGUUUAUUUCAUUUUCCCCAAUAUGCACCCCCCACGAAUUGUUUCAAAGCACAAGCCCACAACGAUCUCCGAAGGAAAUUGACGAUCUUGCAGCUCCGUUUAAAAGAGUGGGCGACGGCAUUACAGCAGGGCUAG